CUCAGCCUAGCACCUUUUCUCAGCUGUGCCCCCCGACCCCCCGCGCGCCUCCUUCACCUCCUCAGCCUUCCCUUCUCUUCAAGCCAGUCCUUCUCCUCAACCUUCACCCCCUCCUCAGCAGGUUUCCCUCUCCUCAGCCCUCAGUCCUCCUUAUCCUCCCAUCCUUCCUCAGCUAGUUUUGGGUACUUCUUCCCUCACGUCUCCUCCGCGGUCCGCGCUGCGAGGCGCAUUGGGGCUUUGAUUUGCUCCUCCCCCUUCCCUACCUCCCCGCCUCCUGCCGGCCAGGGAGGGAGACGGACAGCCGGAGUCCGCAUCCCUGUGCACAGGCUGCCGCAGGGCCCAGCGAGCAGGUGGAGCUCAGCCUCCUGCGGAGCACUGGGCGGUGGACCGCAGUGACGAGGCCCGAGACAUGGCGGCCACGCGCCUUUGAGGCCGCAGAGCCUCCCGCUGCCCGAGCUGCGCCUCACCAUGCAGCUUGGCUGCUGACCGCCCGGGCGUGUGGCCCCGAGGAUCCUCGCUGCGGUCAUCACUCUGCAGUCUCCAUGGUGUAUUCCUCCUCACUGCUUCCGGCCGUGUAGCAGCCGCUGCCGGCCCGGCCUCAGGGCACUCUGCCUAUUCAUCAGGCACUUUCCCUUUCCAUUUUUUAAUCUCCAUCCCUAUUUGCGUUUCCUUUCCCCUUCUGCUUCGCGUCUGUCUCCGCCACCCCCGCUAUGGCCGCAGAAGAGGUGCUGCAAACGGUAGACCACUAUAAGACUGAAAUAGAGAGGCUGACCAAGGAGCUCACAGAAACGACCCACGAGAAGAUUCAGGCUGCCGAGUACGGGCUGGUGGUGCUGGAGGAGAAACUGACUCUCAAGCAACAGUAUGACGAGCUGGAGGCCGAGUAUGACGGCCUCAAACAAGAGCUGGAGCAGCUCAAAGAGGCAUUUGGGCAGUCCUUUUCUAUCCACCGUAAAGUGGCUGAGGAUGGAGAGACUCGGGAGGAAACACUUCUACAGGAAUCUGCAUCUAAGGAAGCUUACUAUCUAAACAAGAUCUUAGAGAUGCAGAAUGAAGUGAAACAGAGCCGGGCUGUGGUCACAAAUGUCCAGGCAGAAAAUGAGAGGCUCACAGCUGUUGUACAGGAACUGAAGGAGAACAAUGAGAUGGUGGAGCUACAGAGAAUACGAAUGAAAGAUGAAAUCCGAGAAUAUAAAUUCCGGGAGACCAGACUCCUUCAGGACUAUACAGAACUGGAAGAAGAAAAUAUUACGUUACAGAAACUAGUGUCCACAUUAAAACAGAACCAGGUUGAAUAUGAAGGCUUAAAGCAUGAAAUUAAGCGAUUUGAAGAAGAAACAGUGCUACUGAAUAGCCAGCUGGAAGAUGCCAUUCGACUAAAAGAGAUUGCAGAGCAUCAGUUGGAAGAAGCCCUUGAGACACUAAAAAAUGAAAGAGAACAAAAAAACAACCUGAGGAAGGAGCUGUCCCAGUACAUCAACCUUAGUGAUAACCACAUCAGCAUCUCAGUAGAUGGGCUCAAGUUUGCUGAGGAUGGGAGUGAGCCAAACAAUGAUGACAAGAUGAAUGGGCAUAUCCAUGGGCCUCUUGGGAAACUGAAUGGAGACUAUCGUACUCCCACAUCAAGGAAAGGAGAAUCCCUACACCCCGUGUCUGAUUUAUUCAGUGAACUGAACAUUUCAGAAAUUCAGAAACUGAAGCAGCAGCUCAUGCAGGUGGAGCGAGAAAAAGCCAUUCUUCUGGCCAACCUCCAGGAGUCACAAACCCAGCUAGAACACACCAAGGGGGCACUGACCGAGCAGCAUGAGCGAGUGCACCGGCUCACAGAGCAUGUCAAUGCCAUGAGGGGCCUGCAGAACAGCAAGGAACUCAAGGCUGAGCUAGAUUGUCAGAGGGGCCGGAACUCAUCGGAGGAGGCCCAUGACUAUGAGGUGGACAUCAAUGGCUUAGAGAUCCUUGAGUGCAAAUAUAGAGUGGCUGUCACUGAGGUCAUUGAUUUGAAAGCAGAAAUUAAGGCCUUAAAGGAGAAAUAUAAUAAAUCUGUAGAAAAUUAUACAGAAGAAAAGACAAAAUAUGAGAGUAAGAUCCAAAUGUAUGAUGAGCAAGUGACAAACCUUGAGAAGACAUCUAAGGAGAGUGGUGAGAAGAUGGCUCACAUGGAGAAGGAGUUGCAAAAGAUGACUGGCAUAGCCAAUGAAAAUCACAACACCCUCAAUACAGCCCAGGAUGAAUUGGUGACCUUUAGUGAGGAACUAGCACAGCUUUACCACCAUGUGUGUCUAUGUAAUAAUGAAACUCCCAACAGGGUCAUGUUGGACUACUACAGACAAAGCAGAGUUACCCGCAGUGGCAGCCUCAAGGGGCCUGAUGAUCCCAGGGGGCUUUUGUCUCCAAGAUUAUCCAGGAGGGGUAUGUCAUCCCCAGUAGAAUCAAGGACGUCAUCUGAACCAGUUUCAAAAGAAAACACAGAGACUAUUAAAGAGCCGAGUCCAACUAAGACUCCCACAAUCUCUCCUGUUAUUACUGCCCCACCAUCAUCUCCAGUUUUGGAUACAAGUGAUAUCCGCAAAGAGCCAAUGAAUAUCUACAACCUCAAUGCCAUAAUCCGGGACCAAAUCAAGCAUCUGCAGAAAGCAGUGGACAGAUCCUUACAGCUGUCUCGUCAAAGAGCAGCAGCCCGAGAGUUGGCUCCCAUGAUUGAUAAGGACAAAGAAGCCUUAAUGGAAGAGAUUCUCAAGCUGAAGUCCUUGCUGAGUACCAAACGGGAGCAGAUUGCCACACUCAGGGCGGUGUUGAAAGCCAAUAAGCAGACAGCGGAAGUGGCUCUAGCUAAUCUGAAGAACAAAUAUGAAAAUGAGAAGGCAAUGGUGACUGAAACGAUGACAAAACUAAGGAACGAACUGAAGGCUUUGAAAGAAGAUGCUGCAACCUUCUCAUCUCUAAGAGCAAUGUUUGCAACAAGAUGUGAUGAAUACGUCACACAGUUGGAUGAGAUGCAGAGACAGUUAGCAGCUGCAGAAGAUGAGAAGAAGACUCUAAACACUUUAUUGCGAAUGGCUAUCCAGCAAAAGCUCGCCCUGACACAGCGGCUAGAGGACUUAGAGUUUGACCAUGAGCAGUCCCGACGCAGCAAAGGCAAACUUGGAAAGAGCAAGAUCGGCAGCCCUAAAGUAAGUGGGGAGGCGCCAGCAGCUGUACCUACCAUAGACACUUACCUCCUGCAUAGUCAGGGCCCACAGACACCCACCAUUCGGGUCAGCAGUGGCACUCAGAGGAAAAGACAAUUUUCACCUUCCCUUUGUGAUCAGAGCCGUCCCAGGACUUCAGGGGCUUCCUACCUACAGAAUUUAUUAAGAGUUCCCCCUGAUCCCACCUCCACAGAAUCAUUUCUUCUGAAGGGUUCCCCUUCCAUGAGUGAACUCAUCCAAGGGCAUCGGCUCAGCAAGGAAAAAAGGUUAACCGUGGCUCCACCAGAUUGUCAGCAGCCUGCUGCCUCCGUACCGCCACAGUGCUCACAACUAACUGGGAGGCAAGACUACCCAACUGUCAGUCCGGACAUUGCCCUCCCUGAGGAGCAACCACAUUCCAGCUCACAGUGUGCUCCUCUCCAUUGUCUCACCAAGCCUCCUUACCCCUAGUCUUCAUCUCUCAUGGAUGAGUAUAUGGGCUGAAGGUUUUGUAGCCACACUGAGGACACUGCCUGAGAUCUAGCAGGUGUUUUCUUCUUGGAGACUAGAUGUACAUAUAGAUUACAGUCCAUCAUUUUUGAAGAGGAGAGAGAGUUCAGAAGAAUAAAAUGAUGCAUUGAACCUGGUGUAAUCAAACAAUUUAUGGUUUAUCUGAGUCACAGAUGACCUGCAAUCAAAUGGCAACAGUUCACUUGAAAUUUAAAUGAAACAUGUAUCUCAGUUAGCUGGCUUUACCUCCACAGCAUAAAAGAGAUCCAAGACAAUGUAAAACAGAUAUGUUGUAAAAUCAUCUUUCCCUGUACUUCAAAGUCAGUCAUCAAAGUUGAUUCCAAUAUUUUCAUUGAUAUUUAUUUUGUAUUUUAUUUGCUAUAUGGUUUGUGUUUAUAAAGAUACCUUCUGUAAGCAGAAUUCAUUUAUUUUUAAAUACUCAUAGUUUGCUCAAUUUAAUUUAGUUUAAAAUCUGGAACUGGCAAGAUUAUGGUCCUUUUUCUUGCAGAAAAUUACAAAUGAGGUGCAUCAGAAUGUUAACACUAACUGUUUUGCUGCUACAUGAAUAUUCUUUAUGCAGUUAUUUUCUAAUUAGUAACUCAUUAAUUGCUAGUUUUUUUUACUAUAUUUCUUCAGUGGACAUUUAUUAAGUAAAUCUAAGAAAGAGGCAAAGAUAUGAUUCAUUGACUUAAUCAAGUUUUGAUUGUAUCUUUAAUUUUUUUAAGUUGAAGUUGAGUAGAUAUAUUGGUGCUGCUCCUGUGUGAUUGUGUGUGUGUGUGUGUGUGUGUGUGUGUGUGUGUGUGUGUGUGUGUGUGUUAAAGAAGGGAAAAUUACUAGAAGGAAAGAAAUGGUGUGUUUAUUUAAUGACCACAAAUUUUUUUUAAACUUUUUCCAAAUUUAGGGUCUUACUAUGGGUUUCCCACUAAAAGGGAUCACUAUAAAUGUAAAAACAUAUACAUAUAUAGCUGUAAGGUAGGCUUGGCUUGUUAAUUUGUGCAUAAAGUGUAUGUUUUUAUUGUUUGUUUAUUUCACAAUGAAUCUUUCUUGCAAAAAAAAAAAUAAACCUUAGAUCAUUGUCUACUUUUGACAAAUACUCAGGUGCCUACAGUCAUAUUGAGAUAAGACAUAUUCCUAUUUAAUUUACAGAUUCUGCUAGGUAAUUUUUAUGACUUUAUUUAAGUCAAUAGAAUUUCAUAGAAAAUUUUAGGUUUUGCAUUAUUGAGAAAACGAGGACAACAGCUAAUUGAGCUGUGAGGUCUAACUUGGAUUCCUCAGUUCUCAAGUGCUGCCCACAUAAUUGCGCCUAACCCUGACUCCUUGUCCUUGUCAGGUAGCCUUAACUUACAUAAAACCAUAAAGAUUUUACUUUUUUAUUUAACAGUAUCUUUAACUUCUCUUCAAAACAAAACUGGUCCUCACUGUUAGCAAAAAGAUGACUAGCGCUGUAGGAAGACAACAGAGAUUUCAGAGCUUCCCAGCUUGUGGCACAUUUAUGAAGUGCUCCAUCAAAGGUCAGCUGUCAGUCACAAAGCACAUUGCAGGAACUUUGUUUGUUUUUUCUGUUCCUGUUGAGUAGCAGUCAUAGUUACCAAAGCAACCCAAAGAUUUUGUGUUCCUUAUCUGAAUAAUGUUUUCAUGUUAUUUCUUAUGCAACUUGGAGUAAUAGUUGAAAUAGUUGCCCAAAUAGGGAUGCAGGUUAAAGUACAGCAACACACAAGACAGAUCCUGAUGGAAGUCCUAGUCAAUCAGAAUCCCCACAUAGUUGCCUGUAUUGCUUUGUUAUUUCUGUACAUUCUCAUUUAUUGGUGUUGAAUUUGCCUGGUGCCAAUAUUAGUGAGACAGUAUCGAUUUUCAUUGGAGUUCAAUUAAAGACAACUUCCUCUGUUCUUUCUUUUUCACUUUCCCCUUUCCUAAGCAUGAAUUGAAACCCAAGAAGUGUCAUAGUUGCUAAGUUGACUUUGACCUGAGGGAUAAAAUGCCUUUUUUAAAUAAGUACCCCAGAAUGAGUUGUGUCUUUGGAAUGGGAACUCAACAAUGGAUCUCUUCCCUGUGUAACCACUGUUGACAUAACUACAUUGUGUUUGUGUGUAAAGCUGAUUUCUUCCAAUAUGAAAUUUAUCAAUAAGUCUGUUAUAAAUGUGUUUCAUUUUAGUUGUUUAUUUGAACAGAGUAUGAAAUGUUUGUUUUGAAAUAUUAAUUCUUUAAAAUAUUAAUUUUAACAGAAUUUAACCAAGAAGAUAUAGAAACUUUGAAAUAAAUUUCUCAUUUUCAGCACAAAAGUAGGUGGUAAUCUCUAAGCAGUAAGAGACUAUCAUUUAUUUAUGUUGUACCACAACAUUUAGUAUAGUUUAGACUGAGCCACAUUUAUAUUUAUUUAUUUACAGACCUUUUCAAUGAAUAAAUGUAUAGUGCUGAUAAAAAUGAAUACCUGUAAAGAUAACAUUGGGAUGUAAAAAGAAAACGAAAAAGUGAAAAACUGAUGAAACAAAAAGCAUGAAUCUCAGUAAGAAUAAUUGAAGGUGCAUUUGAUAUUAAAAUAUAAACUAUAGAAACACUACAAAUGCUAAUUGUUGUAAACAUUUCAAACAAAGGUGAGAGGUAAUGUUCAAGAUUAGUUAGGCAAAGUAACCAACUAUUUGUAAAAUUUCAUUACAUUUUACUCUGUGUGUGUUUGUGUGUGUGUGUGUGUGUGUGUGUGUUUGUGUGUGUGCACAUGCGUGCAUGUACACACAUGCGUAUCCACAGUAUGUGUGGAAGAGUCAGAGGAAAACCUAUAGGAAUUACUUCUCUCCCACAAUUAUGUGGACCCCAAGGUUUGAACUCAGAUUAUCAGGUUUAGUAGAAGGUAUCUUCAUCUGCUGAGCCAUCUUACUGGUCUCCAUAUUUUUUUUAAUGUAAGCACAAUUACAAAACCGAAUAGAAGAAUUAGUAUGAAGAAAUGCUUUUCCACAGAGGAUUUUUUAUUAACACAUAAUAGUAAAAUAAAAAAGAGCAAUAAACUGUGAUUGGCCUAAGUGCUUAGGAGCAUAAAAAAACAUUGGAUGCAUAAACCUUUUGCAUAUCUAAUUCUGGAUUUAAAAGAAAGAGGAGGAGGAAAAAAGAAUUGUGAAAACUAGAAAAUAAAAAUUUAGGAAUGAAGAAAAGACUUAUUUGAAGUUAUACUUUACAUUUGCCUAAAGGAGAGGUCCAACAAAAAGAACUUAACAAAUGGUAGAAAGUAGCUACAGAUCCCAUAAGACUAAUUGUGAAAGGUUAGUAUUAUCUGUAGAAAGAGAUUUUUAACAGUGGAAAAUUAAUCAUUGGAUUAUAAUGAUUUGUUUUUAAAAAUGGAAUGCACUGGUAGUCUAGUAAGUAUAAACAAUUUACAAUAAUGUAUUAUUCUAGGAGCCCACAAUUCUAUGAUUUCUUUUGUUUUGAAAUCUAAAAUAUAUCUAAUUUUUACUGGUUGGUCAUGAAAUAUUUUUACUUUUGAACUAGGAUAACAAUCUUAAUUUUCUAAGGUAUUUAUUAUUUUUUAAAAGGAGUUCUUCAAAGUUGUCUGGAAUAUAGCAACUUCACUUUAAAGAACUUCAAUGUCAAAGUCUAAAAAGCAAAAACCCUCAAGAAAACUUCAUAAAUAGAAGGUAUGCAGUCUCUUAGAGGAGACAAAUACUUCUUAAAUUCUAUUUACUUACAAAGAUCUUCUGUCUUUAACAUUUGCUUUACCUAUGCCAUAGAACAUGUUCUUGUAUAGAUAAGUCCUUCUCUAUUAAAUAAGCAUGAAAAAUUGGCUUAUUGAACUAGUUAAGAAUGUGGGUAUUCCCUCAUAUACUACAUUGAAUAAAAUGCUCUCCAAUAACCAAGCACAGAUUACAAAUAAUGGAAUGAAUAAAUCAAAUAUAUUUUCUACUGUGAUAAAUGUCAACUUUUAUUGUAUUAGUCAAUCAAAAGAUUUAAUCUUUCUUAAGAAGAAAUCAGUGGGCAGGAAUAGGGUGUGGCUCAGCAAUGGGGUGCUUGCUGGACCUGUGUGAGACCCUGGGUAUCAUCCACCGCACUGCAAAACAAACAAAACAAAAACUGAUGGAUUUCCCCACAUAGAAUCCUAUUCAUUCAAUCCAAGGAGGUCACAAAUGAAUUGAUACUGUACAUAUAACUAAAUUUGUAAAGCCCACAAGUUUAAAACUUUUGUUUUUUUAAUAAAUAAGAGUGAUUUAAAAUAAUCUUUGCAUGAAGGCUGCAAAAAUUGUUUUCAAAUAAAGCAGAAAACUGCCGAACUGAAGUCAUGCUAGUCAGCAUGACCAGUGCCACUGUUGAGAAAUAAGUAUGUAUUUCAGAAUUGGUGUCCUAGCUCCUGAGUGACCAUUUCCGUUUUCUGUAAUAAUAACCCAAGAUGAGUUGUCUGAAAUUAAAUCUUUAUGUAAAUGCCAUUUUAACUACAAUAGUCCCUGAUAUAUUGUAGCCUGGUUCUUUUAUUUAAAUACCUGAAAGACUUCAACUGAGACACCUCUUUCAUCUUGUUACUCAAGGUAUAAAUUAAUGAGAUAAUUUGUAUUAGAAUAUGUGCUUUGAUAUGGGAUUUUUCAGAACUGACAAUCUGUUUAUGAGAAGGCACAAGCAAUUGACCUCUGUCGUUAUAAGGCAAGAAUAUAAGAUGUUUGCAUGAAAUAUUUCACAUCGUGUAAGCUUUCCCAUAUCCAUAACAUGGAUUCUACAUUGAAACCUUACUUGUCUUGUGAUCUCUUCACUAGGAAUGCAAGGAGGCUGUUACAUGUACUGGGUCUCCUUUCCAUACUGAAGUGCAUGGCUUUAUCCCUCAAGUGUAUUUUUACACCUCUCAGCUGGGGUUGUUUAAUAAUCUGCCACAUCUGAACUGAAGCUUAAAUGACCUGCUGAACCAGAUAAUUUCUGAGAUUGGAGUUUAAUUGCUCUACAACACUUGCUGAUAAUUUAUUUUAUUUUAAGUAACUUUCAUAAUCAGUUGCUGCUCAUUAUAACUCUCUGAGACCAUUGAGAAGUAAAUUUGAUGCUUCUUAGUGUGAAUGUAUGCUUUUUGUUUAAGGGAAAUGGCACCACUGUGUUGACAAAUCUUUAUCUUGUAAUGGUGAAACAGAAGGAAUCCUAGGGGCAGUGGUGGCGCACAUCUUUAAUCCCAGCACUUGGGAAGCAUAGACAGGCAGAUCUCUGAGUUCCAUCCAGCCAGCCUGGUCUACAAAAGGAAUAAUUGGGUUCAAAGCUAUUAUUGUGUGGCAAAUUAGAGGAAAUACUUUUUAAUGUUAUUGCCAUAGAACUUUUAAGCUCAAUGGUUUGACAGUUAGAGUCAAUCAAACAAUAUUUUUGAAAAUCUUUUAUGACAUUUUUGUAAUAUAUUCACUGUUUUUAUUUGCAUGGCUAUGCAUAUAUGAAGACAUGAUUCUGAUGUUGUGUUUCUUUCCCAUGUUAAAAUUUGUGUUGUUGUGGUCAAACCUAAUUUCUAUGCUGUAUGAUUAUUCUUGUAAUGAUUAAGUUAUUCCUCCCUCUCUUAUUAUGCCUUUGGGGCUUAAACAAUGUGAAGUGUUUCUAUCUAAUAAUAAUAAUACCAUGUGAAAACAUGACUAAAGACCAGUUUAAGAAAUGGUCUUGCUAAUUAUUUAAAAAUCCAAACAUCAGAGAUAUUAUCAAAGACACAUGAAUUUGUUUUAAGUUUAGAAAGUUCUUAUGAAUUUAUUGUUUGAUGUUCUUUUUACUUUUUUAAUUGUAGAUAAUCCCAAGUGAGUUUCACAAAGGAGAAUCCAUACGACAUAUGCUUCUUUCUGUGAUAUGAUUAUAUAUUCAGUAGUUGUAUGAAAGGCACUCCAUUGCUAAGGAAAUAACCAGAUACUAAUAAUUAUUAUGUUGGUUAAUCUUACCAACUGACCAUAUUGUAAUGCAAAACUUUUUUUCAGUAAAUAAACUGAUUAUCUUUUGUUCAUUUCA